UUGUGCUCAUCAAAACAAAGACGUAAAACGUGAACGAAAUGUCUGGUUAUAGGCCAAAGGAAGAGCGUGCUUCCUGCUCCUGGAAUAAAGUAAAAGAAGAGCGUUACGAUGACACGAAUGGCAAUAAUGAGAAUAACAGCUUCCUUUUUCGUAUGAAAUACGAAGCAUGUGUUGAUAAUUCCCAUUUUUCGCCUGAAACCCCAGAUAGGUUUGAGCCAAGGACAAAGAUGAGCAACAUGAGUAGCAGUCAAAAUAACGAAGCUAACCUUCCUCGCUUUAAGCAGGAGGGCACAUGGGAUACCCGGGAUGCUGAGGUUAGGGCAAAAUGUGUGGUUGACACCAAACAGGAAAACUACAAAGAAAUCAAUGCCAAGGCAUCCCGGCCUAAAAAUCUGAAGCGAAAACGAUUUCCGAAUAAGAACGGCAAAACGGCUAAAAAGGUCAAAAAAGCAGCAAAAAUUGCUAAGGCGUCCAAACAGGCAAUUAAAUCAAAAAAGUCCGAUACGGUUGACAAGUCUACGAAGUCAAAUCAAGAUAUUAACGACAACCUGGUUAUGGCCUUGGUUGAUGAUCUCCACUAUGACGGUCGUCGACUAUUCGAAAAAUGGGACGAAAUCGAGAGCAGGCUGGCAGAUAUGGUGACUGAUAGAAUCCUCGCCGUUCCAGAGGGUCCCAUUCCGUCCUUCGACUCGUCCGAUGUGAUCCGAGGCCACCGGGUAAUCAAAUGCGACGACGGGUUCUCAAAAAUCUUCUUGUCGGAGUGUGUGGCUAGUAUUGGCCACAAUUGGGAUGGCCUACGUAUCAGGCUAGUCCACGUCAGUGAGAUUCCUUUAAGGCCCCGAGCUCGCAUCUAUUUGCCGAAAGGGCAAACGGAUCACAAAAGGAUCUUGUCUUGUCUGAGAGCUCAAAAUGUAGAAGUGGAUAUGGCGGACUGGGUUGUUCUCAGGGCAGAGGAGACAUUGUCGACAAGCCAGCCUUUCUUGCUCCUCAUUAACCAUCACUGUCUUCCGCAACUGGAAGCCGUCGAUUACAAGGUGCGUUACGGCAUACGAAUGGCCAAGGUUAAGAUAUUUUUGGCUGAGGGUGACGAAGACAGAUAGUCCUGAUGACAGAAAAGAUUUUCCACCGUUCCAGAAAUUUCAAUCAUUGCCAAACCUUAAACUAGACAUUUACUUGACAUUUAAAAAUACUCCCAGAGCUGAUAUAAUUACAAAAACUAAUUUAAAUCGUCGAUGCACUUUCGUUGCAAGAUUUAAAGUGCCAGAGGCUCUAAGGCCAGGACGCGGUUAAAAAGACCAUUUAUUUGUUUAGAAUUACCAUUCUCUUUGUGUUAUUUGCAUUACACAACUCAUGUUCAAAAUUAUCUGUUUAUUAAAAUAAAUAAGUUGUUCAUACAAAACCAAAA